AUGCCGCCAGACACAGGAAUUACUAAAGAAAUUGUGAGACAUUGUGUUUCCAUCUUUCAUUUCGUUUUCGAGAAUGUGCAUGUUGAUCCACCGAUAGCUCCCUCUUCAUUAUUUUUUGUUGUGCAGACAAACAUUUCUUUUCGUCUAGCAGCUAAUGAAGGAGAUGUGACCGAAACGGCGUAUCUUCUUUUUCUUACUUUCGAGUCGGAAUAAUAGUCAAACAUUUACAUAUUCAUUGCGUUUCGGUUUGCAUGAAUGUCUUACGUAUACCUUUUUGUCGUUAUUUCCAGAAAAGACAUCUCUCUGUUGUUCCCUGUUUUCUUUUUUCAUUUGCUACUCACUUCUAAUGUGUAUUUUUCAGAUGGUGUCCUGGUUAAGAAAGAACUUGCUCCUGGUGAUGACGGUUGGGUCCGUCGUCCUGGGAGCCGUGCUCGGAUUUGUUUUUCGAAGCCUCGAACUGUCUCCGCAGGUUUCAGAAAUCAUCAAAUUUUAAACCCCGUAGAGUUUCAGAAUAUAAUGUAUAUCAGCUUCCCCGGAGAACUGCUUAUGCACAUGCUCAAAAUGAUGAUCCUGCCUCUUAUUAUGAGCUCGCUUAUUUCUGGUCUCGCACAAUUGGAUGCUCGUCAAUCGGGAAAACUCGGAUCUCUUGCUGUUUCCUAUUACAUUUUCACUACCAUUGUCGCUGUCAUAGUAAGAGGUCCGACGGAUAUGUUUCGUAGUUUGGGAUAUUGUAGACUGGCAUUUUCUUGGUGUUGGUCAUCCACCCUGGAGACCCGACUAUCAAGAAGGAAAUUGGAACGGGAACUGAAGGAAAGACUGUUAGCACUGUGGAUACUCUUCUUGACCUUCUCCGGUACUCAUAUCCUCAAGUUUUGUAAAAUAAUUCUGACUUUUAGCAACAUGUUCCCGGAAAACGUUGUUCAGGCCACUUUCCAACAAGUUCAGACCAAGUAUAUCAAAGUGCGUCCGAAAGUGGUCAAAAACAAUGAUUCUGCGACAUUAGCAGCGCUGAACAACGGAAGUCUUGACUACGUCAAAGCUUCUGUAGAAUACACGUCUGGAAUGAAUGUUCUCGGUAACGCAACUCUAUGUCAGUCUAAUAAUACCCGUCUUUAGGAGUCAUCGUUUUCUGCAUUGCCAUCGGAAUCAGUCUUUCUCAACUCGGAGAAGAAGCCCACGUUAUGGUCCAAUUCUUCGUUAUCAUGGAUAAGGUUAUCAUGAAGCUCGUUAUGACAGUCAUGUGGUAUUCUCCAUUCGGAAUCAUGUGCUUGAUCAUGGGAAAAAUCCUCGAGAUUCACGACUUGGCCGACACCGCCAGAAUGCUUGCAAUGUAUAUGGUCACCGUUCUAACUGGACUUGCCAUCCACUCGCUCAUCUCCCUCCCACUUCUCUUCUUCCUUUGCACCAAGAAGAAUCCGUACACUUUCAUGAGAGGACUCUUCCAGGCUUGGAUCACCGCUCUUGGAACUGCUUCCAGGUGGUGAAACCUUAUCAGCUUUCAAAGAAAUACACCUUCUAGCUCUGCAACUCUCCCAAUUACUUUCAACUGUCUCGAGGAGAACCUAGGAGUUGAUCGUCGUGUGACCCGUUUCGUGCUCCCCGUCGGAGCCACCAUUAACAUGGACGGAACCGCUCUUUAUGAAGCUGUAGCCGCUAUCUUCAUCGCUCAAAUCAACGGAGUUCACCUUUCGUUCGGACAGGUCGUCACCGUCAGGUAAAUGAAAACUUUCUGGCAUGUGAUCUCAAUGUUUGAAAGGGAAUUGAUAUUGAAGCCGACCAAAUUGAGUGCGUUUAUUGCUUUCCGACAAUGUUAUUUUGUGUUGAAACUUCAACACCAAAUCUCGAAACCAAAACACAAAAAAGUUAAGUUUGACUGCCACACUGGCCUCGAUUGGAGCUGCUUCUGUGCCCUCUGCCGGACUCGUCACUAUGCUCCUUGUUCUCACUGCUGUCGGACUUCCGGUCAAGGACGUUUCUCUCAUCGUUGCGGUUGACUGGCUUCUGUAAGAGACUUAGAACCUCGAAACAAUUUUAAAUUCCUGUAUUUCAGUGACAGAAUCAGAACUUCGAUCAACGUGCUUGGUGAUGCAAUGGGAGCUGGAAUCGUGUACCACUACUCAAAAGCAGACCUCGACGCCCACGACCGUGCUGCUGCUACCACUAGAUCUCAUUCGAUCGGUAAGAAAUUAGCAAAACAGUGGAAUUCUAUAUUGAAAUUAAGCAAUUUCAGCUAUGAACGACGAGAAGAGAGCUCUUGCGGUGUACAGCAGCCUUGCCACCGACGACGACAAGCACAAUCAUUGA